UCUGUCGCCUUACACAGCCAUGCUCAUAUCAUUGCUUGAUCAGUUCUCACAAACACGAAGACCUUAUUAUUGCAUUCAAACUCCAAAGAUUUUAUUUGCCUUGUUGCGUUGCACGUAUGUAUGUUUUGUGCCGUAUGGAAGUUGACAAGAAGGGAGAAAGCAUCGGGCCAGGCAGCGGCGGCAAUGGUCACCGUGGUGUCGGCGCUGCACCGGUGGAGCUCGACCUCCUGGCGGGGAUGGUUGCCUCGGCCGGGCAGGCCGUCGUGCGUGACGUGGAGCCGGUGGCUGGGCUUGAGCCGCCGCAGCUGUUCGCGUGCCACUACUGCCGGCGCCAGUUCUACAGUUCGCAGGCGCUCGGCGGGCACCAGAACGCGCACAAGCGCGAGCGCAGGCUCGCCAGCCACCGCGGCGGGGUGGCGCCGCUCGGGCUCGGCCACCACCGCGUGCACGUGAGCGGCACGCCGUUCGCCGUCCACGGCGCGUUCAUGGACGCAAUGGCGCUCGGGUGGAUGCGCGCAGCGAAUCCCCAGGCUCCCGUGGCUGCGGCGGCGGCGGCCGACGAACGGCGGUUGGGUGGCGGAUACGGCGGCUGCCCGGGGGAUGGAGAAGAGGAGCUGCCUAAGCUUGACCUGACGCUCAAACUGUGAGCCUUGCUCUUGCAUGCAGGUGCAUACAUAUACUCUACAAAAUUUCUUGCUCAAACUAAUGAAUUUUACAGAGUGUAAUCUUCCACCCUCAUCUUGGAGUUUGUACUGUUGUGAUCAGUGACUCAUCAAGAUCGAUCGGUUUAGCUAGCUUUGGCCUAGCCUUCUUUAAUUUGCUAUCUGCUACAUAAAGGAAGUGCAACGAAUUGAUGCUUCAAUUUUUCAGAACAAA